AUGUCCGCGGAGGAGGCGAAGAAAAAGAGCUACGACGAUAUCCUGCUACAUUUGUGCUUGACGAAGGAUGACAAGAUUAAGCCUGUCUUGUAUAAGUUCAUCCCCGUGCUGCUGAACGAACUGCUAACUAACGAGGGGACGCCACAAAGAACACUUAUCGAAAUUGUGAGUCACUGCAUUUUGAGAUGCAAAUCGUUUGAGCGGAUUGACAUCCCCCUGUCGGACAUAGUGGGGAAUUAUUUCCAACAUGUGGGCCAAGCGAAGGGGAACAGGAUCCUAUAUAAGAGCACCCUGUCCAUAUUUUUAGAUAUCGGUUUUAAGGGCGUAGACGAUGGGGAGAAGAUAAAAUUUCAAAAGAUGCUAAUGGAAAAUGGAGGCCAGUUGUCGGCGGACAGGGAAGUGGGCAUCCUUUUGAUGAUAAAGUUUAUCGAGUGUUUGGAGAUUCUAAAUGAUGAGGGGAAUAAGAAGGAGAUGGAGGAAUACUUUUCGGGGGAGAAGUCCUUUUCGGGGGAGGGUAACAAGGAGGAGGCUGCAUUGGACAGUCAGAUCGUCCAGUUUGUAAAGCACAUGAAUGAAUUUCUGGCGAUUCCAAUAUACUGCAAAAAUGUGGAGGAAAUAAAAUUUCUUCCAAGUGAUGUUGUCAAGAUAUAUAAGGACAAAUUUCGAGGUAGUAAAAAUUACUCGGUGCAAAAUCACAUCAAAAUGAAGAAGAAUACGUUGUACUUUUUGAGCAGUUUCGUGUGCAAUCACAAUUUGACUUACGCUUCGUACGUUAUUUGCUCCACCGAAAAGUACGACGAAAUUAAGGAGUAUGCCAAUACGCUGCUACUUGGGAAGAACCGAUUUGUAAAUUUUAAUGAUGCCCAUUUUGUAGCCACAACUUUGGACAUACUGAAAUAUUUUGAUAAUAAUAUCUACCCAGUGCAGUAUGCGGUAAAAAUUUUGACUUUAUUUGUGAGCAGCGCUGAGGUGGCAGUUGAUGGGGCUCACUUACACUCGUUGAUGAGUUAUAUAUUUUUUUUUUUCUUCCACUUUGUUAAUGAUAUGAAGAGCAUCCACUUUGAGACAGAGUUUUCUAAAUUUCAACUUUUGUUCCAUGACAAAACAGAGUUUGUAAAAUUUUUAAAUCGAAGUGGGUACACCAUCAUCAGGUUGAAAAAUGAAGAUUUGAAAAAGUGCCUCUUCAGCUUAAUGUUGUUCAUUUUGGAGAAAACCCCAAAUGGGUUUCUGCAUGAGUAUGUUGAGUGUAUUUUCCACCUCAUUUUUUGUUACCUGAAAGGGUUGGAUGAGGAGGGAGUGGAUUCUGACCAUGGCGGUAGUGACAGUUACGGGGCACUUACAGAUAUCUCUACUAUGAUAGAUAAAUUUUUUGAAAAGCUUCUCCUGGAGGACCAAAUUAAUAUGGCCGUGUUGGGAAAGGCGUACACUUUGGGGUACUCCUUCUUUGAUAAGCUGAAAAGGUUUAAGAGGAGGAGCAACGAGUCCUACAUACGGCACAAUGAUAUAACAAAAGUUCUGUCCGCUUUGGAGAAGUAUUUCCAGAGGUGCAUGCAGGUGGGGGAGGUGGUACGAGAGGGGGUCCAACAAACGGGGGAGUGCAUAUAUCGUGUAGAAGAAAAUGCGGAAUGGCGUGGCCGUAUGGGUAACUCCAUUUCGUCAGACGAAAAUGGACACUUUGCAUUGAAGGGGAAGAAAAAAGGGGUUGCUCAAACGCACAGAAAAGACAUUCGAAAAAUAAUAACCCAGAAUGUUGCGCACUUAUUGGACCACUUUGUACCGUUCGCAAAUAACGCGUUGCUAAUCAGUGUGGUGAUGAAGUGGGCCGUUAGCAUAUUCGCCUCGGGGAGCUGCGAAUGCGUGUACUACCCGCUGCUGUUUGAGCGGAGCAGCAACGUCGUUUUGGCAGACUUAGCGCGGGAUUAUUUGAAAGGGCAGAAGGGGGAAAAGAAAAUCGCCUUUGACGAGUACACGUGCUUCGUUUCUAAGAAGUUGUUUCGCGUGGGGAGAAGCGGUGAGGUAAGCGGGGUGGUCAACGGCGUGGAGGUGAGCGGCGAGAACAGUUGCGUUGAUGAGAUUUUCCAUGGAGGCAAUUGCGAGGAAGAAUCUCUGAACUACAGCCAAAUAGAGGAGCCCAGCUGGGCUGCCACGCAAAGUGCAGACCUUGCUACCGAAUAUGCAAACGCGCAUUAUGGAGAGUAUAGGCUAGACCAACUGCACAAUCUGAUUGAGCACUACAAGAAUAUUUCCUUUUGCUCCUUCUCCCACAUUGAGAGUGUCUAUUAUGCCCUGCUGAUCCUGGACCUGUUUCUAAUGGGGACUAUAAAUCGCGAAAGGAAUAUGAAGGAGGAUUACCUUGUUGUGUACUGCUCCGUUUUUACGCUGAUUUUAAAGAGGCUACGUUCCUUCCUGAAGGGAGUCAAAAGGGAAGAAGGAGACGCGCACUUUAGGAGAAACGAAUUUGAAAAUUUAAUAAAUGGCGAGAGGGGGCUGUACACCCACUUGGCCAUUUUAGCAAAGACGAGAAUGCAGUUAAUUUUGAGCAACAUGCUGUACGUAGGCAAUCACAAGCUGGUAAAGAAGGCAACAAAGUUGUUGGCCAGAAUAUAUCUGCUAGGCAGGGAAACGCACGAGGAUUUAUUUGACAACCUAGUGAUAGGUUUUACAUUAGAAAAUGUGGGAAAAGUGGCCAAAAAAUCAAAGGAGGAGUGUCAAAUACUCUGCGCGCAUAUGUACCUAUUUGGCUACUUAAUAAAAAAGGAAAAACAAAUUGGUCAGAAGUACUCCAAGGUUGUAGAAGUGGUCACACAUUGUUUGCUCCACACACAUCAUAGCUAUGUGAAGGAAAAGAAAAAAAUUGAAGAGACCGAUUUGCUGAGGUACUGCUUCAAGUUCCUCCGUUUGGUGUUUUUUUCGAGACACUUUGUGCAGACGUGGCUUAAAGUGGUAAAAGAAAGUAGCUACUCAGAAUUGCCCCAAGGGGGAGAAGAUUACGCUGUUCAAAUUCGAUACGCAGUGGAGGUCCUCAUGGGGAUACUGAAAUACGCCAAGGGGAAUUUAAAUGGUGCUAACAUAUGUUUAGUGAAGAAUGUGUUGAAGCUGUUAAGCUGCUUACCCACGCUGAGAGAUGAUGCGAUUAAUGCCAUUCUGAAGGAGGACAUAAGGGCCUCCUUCCAUGUGGACAACUUACAAAUUCAACAAAUCUACGGUCGCUACGUAUCUCACAUGAUUCUACGGUUAGAGAGAACCUACGCGGAUGAGGUAGCAUCAGAUUUGUUAGGUUCCAUUUUGGACCACACGAAAGUGAAGGAAAAAGGUGGAAAUGAAUUUAUAUGCGUAAUUCUGUGCUAUGUUAUAAAUUACAACCCGUUUUUGGAACACAUAAGGAGGAACUUCACAUCGGUAGCGGAGUUUCUCAUUUCGAUAAUCAAAUUGAGGAGCGACGUAUAUUCUGAGUACUGCUCUGUAGCGUUAAGCAGUUUGUUUUUUGCCCUCUCCGUUCAGUCGAUUGUAGACGUUAAUGAUGUGGACAAGCUGGGGGGGGUACUUUUUUUUUUAAAGGGAGGAAAAACGAGCAGGGGGAAAGGCACAACUGUUGAGGAGGAAAAUGGAGUAACUACCUUCUCUAACGACGCAGAAGGGGUUUCCAGCACGGGCAACAUGGAGACCUUCUCAAAUGCUGCAAAACGUAUGAGAGUGAAAAAUACGCUUUUAUGGAAGGAGCGCAAAAUGAGUUGCGACAUUUUGGAGCAGGCAAAGGGUUACCUGGACGAUAUAUCCCUUUUGGGCGAAUCCAAGGGGGGGUUCCCUAACAAGGAGGAAUCGCACGAACAGGCGAUGUUAAGAAGUAAUAUGUGCAGCUCCGUAGGUGUGCCUACCACUAUGGUGAACCACGAGACGGUGGAAAAAUUCGCCGAAGGGGUGUACCUUACCUUCAGUGAGGCGAAUGAAAAUUUGCUGUACAAAACGUAUUUUAGGAAGAAGGAAAAAGAAGUAGACAAUAAUUUUAUAAACGAAAUAAAGCAGUUUGAAAGUAGAAAAGACUACGUCUUGAAUAAUGUGUAUGAUUAUGUUAGUAGCGAAAGGAACAUAGAAUUAAUUGGGCAUUAUACAUCCCUGGGAAGGCACUGCUUUAGCUAUGUGUACGCCUUUCUCUUCAUGCAGUACUCUGAUUUGGCGCUGUACAGGUGCGACAGAAAAAUGAGGGAAUUUUUCGCCCUCGACGGGGGGAAAUAUGUAGGCGGAGAUUUGGACAGUUAUGGAGUGACUCACUUGUUGGGUAAAAUAGGAGGGGGGAGUAGCAACCAUGUUGGAAGUAGCAACCAUGCUGGGAGUAGCAACAAUGUUGGGAGUAGCAACAAUGUGGGAAGUAGCAACCAUGUUGGAAGUAGCAACCAGGUGGACCCGCAUCAGUGCGUCCCCGCCCCCAGUGUGGCCGAUUAUAAGAGGGCCAACAAAAGACUCUGUCAUAUCGUGAAGGCCAUUUGUAAGGAGCUGCUAGUACGUGCGGUGAAGUCUCGGCACGAGAUAAUCAAAUUGAAAAUCUUUCAACACAUAUCGGUGGCAGAUGUGAGUAGGACGAUGAAGCGGGUAGAGAGGGAGUUCCUACAAAUGAAUUUCGCCUCCUCCGAUUAUGAUUGCGUGCUGGAUGCUCUCAACGAAGAGCUGACCACUUUCGUCGCGGCUAACCAGAAUGAGCUAAUUAACGACGCCAUGCUGAUCUUCCUAAUAGAUAUUCUUAAGAAGAUAGACUUAAAAACGUUUUGCCAAAAAAUGGCCCCCUUUUUGUCCUUCAUUUGUUCCGUAAUUGAGUCAGCCCUGAUGAACAAGGAAAUGUGCAUCACCUUUUUGAAUACGUUUAAGGGUGCGUGCGUUAGGUUUUUUUCCGAAGGGGGCAAUCCACACAAGGGUAAUCACGUCGGUGUGGGGGGCAUCACCCAGCAGCAAGGCGGAACCCCCCUAAGUGGAGAAUCAUUCACAAGGAAGCUGCAUAGUAAGGAAGAAGAGGCUAGCCAUACGAACGAAAUUUUACAAAAUUUACUGCAGUAUUACCACAAAUUUGAAAGGAACAAAAAGGUAGAACUAUUCUUUAGAGACUGCCUAAACAGUUGCAUCCUGUCAUCGGAAGGGCUAAGCUUGGAAGUGAAGCCGUUGCUGCAGUUUUACAUACAUAACAACGAAAAGAUGGGAACAGAUUAUGCCGAUUUGGGAAUACCAAAUGAGGGGAAGGAGGAUAGCUACACAAAAAAGGAACUCUUUUUUAUCAAAUUGGUUAAGUACAAUAAUGUAGAAAAGGAAAAAGAAAUUUUAGAGAAAAUAAUUAGCAAUUAUGAACAUUUAGCAGACAUAGAAGAGAGCAUCAGACAUAUUUUUUCAUUUUUAUUUGAAGAAAAUAACGUGGGGAAGUUUCUGUUAAGUUGCGUUUCUUUCGUAAUUGUGAAGUUACUAGAUAGGUACGAAGUGUUACUAAAGGGUAAUGCAUUUCUAAAUGUGCAAUUUUGCAUAAGUAUUUUUUCUUCCUUUUCGGAGUUUAUUUCAAAGCACAUAUGUAAUUGUCACUUGUCCUGUGGGAACGAUUUGGUGUACUACCUGGUUCACAGAAUUCCGUUUUACCAUUAUGUGAAGUUUGUACAUUGCACGUUGUUGGGAGACCAUUUUGGAGCAACUCGCCAUGUUAGGGAUGUGCAGCAGGCUAGAAAUUACUGCAGUGAGGUGAUCCUUUACUUGCUGAAGAAGAAAUACCUUCUCGAUUUGGAUGACGAGCAUAUUUUCAGGGACCAAAGGAGAGUAGGCGAUAUAAGGCAGUACGAGGAUUUGAAGAUGGUGAGGGAUGUGAAUUGGAAGGUGAAAGAAUUUAUCGGAGGAGGUAACUUCAAGGCGAAGGUGGAGCAGGAAAUUGGAGAUCCACCAUUGGGCGGUGACGAUAGAUACUUAGACUGCGCUGAUGCGUCGAACUGUCUGCCCCUGUUAACCCUAAUCGGUGAACUUGAGAGAAGCUCUACUGUGGUCGACCCGGAAGUGAUUCUACACCAGGGGAGUGAUGCACAAGAAAGGGUAAGAAAGAACGUGGAAAAGAAGUUAACUUCACUUGGGUGGAACGGCAGUGUGGUCAUCUCGGCACAUCUGCGUGGGGCAGUGACCAAAGUUCUGACGGCCGAAGUUGUCUCCCUAUGCGAAAAGGCAAUGGAGCAGAAAAAAACAUUCGAUGAAGAAAAUAAAAUGCUGCUAAAAAAAAUGGAGUCCAAAUUAACGGCCACAAGUUUUAUAAUAAAAAAUAUGAAAAACGUUGAGAGUAAUUAUUAUAAAGAUGUGUACGAAAUUUUACAGAAGAGAAAUAUGUUCCAUUUUUACAAAUUUUUUAAUGAGUACGUAGAACAGUUCCACACCUUUCUUCGUUCCACCUUCACGAAAGAUAAGAAGGCGUGCUUUACAUCGAUAGAAAAAUUUGUCGAUUUUUUCAUUGACAUUUAUAAGUGCGAAAAUUGUGACGAGUUGGAAGCAGAAAAUGUGGAGAAGUUUUUAAAUCUGUACUGCAAGAUAAGGGACUUGUUUAGGGUGGCCAGGAAUGGGGAAGGUGACCUUUGCUUCUUCUCCAUUUUGGCCCUUUUAAAAUGCCUUACUUUUAUGCUCUUCCUGGUGGUUAGAAGUAGGGCGAAAGGGGAAAAAUUAGAAAGCGUAUCUGUUAACCCUCUAGAGAUUGAAAAAGGGGUUCCAAUUGAUGAGGCGGAGAUUUACACCCUGUUUAGUGACAUUUUGGACGCCCUUCUGGAUGUACACGAAUUUGAGCUGUUCCAGCACAUAUACUUGUUCAUUUUUAAUAUUCCCUGUACUUAUUUGGAAAAAUUUAAUUUUGUAAAAUUAUGGAAGUGCUUCCUUUUUUUCAUCAAUAAGUACUUCCACAACUGUCGUGAGAGUGUCUCCAAUUAUGACAGCAGCUUAUGUGUCCACUUCUUUAAGUUGGGGAUGUGUCUGUUCUGCUAUUUCCUCUCCAGGGAAGAUGACAUGAGGACUUGGUUGCACCUUUUCAACUAUCAGCACUUAAAUAGGCUCUUUAAAAUGGAGCGCCUGCACAACUUUCGAUUCGAAACGAAUGAGGAGUAUCGUCAGGAGGAUGUUCUUAAGGGUAUGCGCUGUGAAGAGGCGGGGGAGGCAAAAAGUGGUACGAAUAAGUGUUGGCGAAUUGGGAGCACCCCGGACGAUUCACAAAACCGCAAGCAAGGCGCACUCCCAAUCGGGGAAGAAUCCUCUUUUUCCAGUCACCUAGAAAAAUUCCUAUGCCUCCUAUUCGAGGUCAGCAAAGAAAAUGGGAACAUUUUAGCUGUACUAAAAACAUUUUUUCAAUUCCUUUUUUGUAACAAAAUAUUUUUGCACCAAAUAGGCGAGGCAGACAUGUGGGGGAAGGUAUAUAAUUGUAUUUACCUCUCCAUUGUGAGAAACAAAACGAAGAAAGAAUUUGACCAUUUGAUGGACAUACUUAACAUACUUUUGUGUAUGUACAACUCUUACGGUUAUGAGAGUGAGCGCGAUAAGGGGAUAUGCCUGAACAUCAAAAUUAAAGAAUUUGGUUUCGGCCUUUUUGGUGAAACGGGGAAGAGUGAUCAUCUGAGUUCUGGCGCGCCCACCUUCCUCUUUAUCACUUUUUUUAAGAUACGAGAAAAAUCGAAGCUGUUUGUGUUUCCCGACCACGUCACGCAGAAUUUGCGGUACUCCAUAAUGUUGAAUUACCCGCAUUUUUUUUUGUAA